GCCUUGAGAACCGCCAGCAGCCGACCAUGAAUGCGCCGCCGAGGACACGGCUCGACCGGUUGCCGGGCUUUUUGAGGGCAUGCGUUCGGCAAGUCCAUUCUAACCGGCGAAAACAGCCCCCGAAGGGCUUCGAACGCCCCGAGGGCCAUGGCGAGAAGAUUUGGGUGUUUAGCCAUCGCCGGUCAGACCAGGUCAUCUACAGCCUCAAGGAGAGACUAGACGGAUUCCACGGCCUCAAGCAAUUGCCCUUCAAUGGCAAGAAGACGAAGCCCGCCAAGCUCCGCAAGGACUACUGGUCGCCGCUCGCCAUGAUCCAGUUCCCCGCCGGCCAGGGCGCCAUCGGCCGCUCCGUCUUCCAGAAGCUGCGCGAGCUCAAGCACCUGCACGAGGUGGCGUGGACCGACGACUUCCGAUACAAGCGGCCCGACGAGUUCACGGCCGCCGACAAGAAGAAGAUUGCGCAGGAGAAGGAGAAGGGCAUCGAGUACCGGCCCGUGCGGAGCAAGCAGGAGCGCGGCGUUGCGCUCAACGAGCAAAAGGCGAAUGCCAUUGCCGACAUGGCCGUCGUAUUGGCCGGCCAGGGCGCCGGCAACAAGGUCAUUGCGGACGAACCCGUGGACGGCGACAGGCCGCUGGUCGAGGUGUCGGUGAGCUGGGCCAACGAUCAGGACAAGGAAUUUGCAGAGUCAUGGUCGGCAAACGUCACGCAUGAUCUGUUCGAGCAGCCGUCCUACUCAUCGAAUCUGGACGCGACACCACCGGUCGAAACCAAAGCAGCGUAAGCAUGAGUUAACUCGCGCACUACACGCGGCGAGCUACGGGAAAAUGGAAAACCGCGAUGGCGGAAGAUUACUCGCUACGAGGCGUUUCUGUACGAGGGCACCGGCAACGGCGGCUGGGGAGGAGUCACUUGUACCACAUAUAUACGGGCUGUCCGCUCGCCCGUUGCUGUAUCAUAAAGGCAAUUAUCUAAAGCAAAGAGGAGCAAAAGCAAGCCUCCAUGGGCAGGUCAUCAGGCCCUAAUAUCCGAGUAUUUCUCUUGGUC